UCUCUCUCUCUCUUCUCCAUUCAAGCAUGCACAUUUCUCUCUCACUCUCGCUUCUCUACAUGGGAAAUUUGCAAAACUUCCUCAUUCUUCUCUUCCUCUCUCUAACUCUGUCUUUACCUCUCUGUCUCUCUCUAAACCAAGAAGGCCUCUACCUCCAAAGAGUCAAGCAAUCUCUCUCCGACCCAACCGGCUCACUCUCCACCUGGUCCGACCGUGACGCCACACCAUGCAACUGGACCGGCAUCACCUGCGACAAUUCGCCGUCUUCCUCCGUUGUUUCAGUCAAUCUCACCACUGCCUCUCUCUCUGGUCCCUUCCCGUCCUUCCUCUGCCGCCUCCGUUCUCUCUCCUCAAUCUCUCUCUCCAACAACUCCAUCAACAUGCUGCCGGCCACCAUCUCCACCUGUCAAAAUCUUACCCUCCUCGACCUCUCCCAAAACCUCCUCGUGGGCCCCAUUCCUCCCACUCUCUCCGAUCUCCCCAACCUCAGGUACCUCAACCUGGAUGGCAACAAUUUUUCCGGUGACAUUCCGGCAAGUUUAGGGAAUUUCCAGCAACUUGAAACUCUCAUUCUCUCUGAAAAUCUCCUAAGUGGUACAGUCUCGGCGGUUCUUGGGAAUAUAACAAGUCUCAAAUGGCUUCAACUAGCUUACAACCCGUUUGCACCGAGUCGCCUCGCUCCGGAACUCGGUAACUUGACUAAUCUUGAAUACCUCUGGCUUGCUGGGUGUAAUCUAGUUGGUGAGAUUCCGGAGAGUUUUGCUAAACUGAGCAGCCUGACUAAUUUGGACGUGUCAAUCAAUCAGCUCACUGGGUCAAUACCCAAUUUGAUUUUUCAGCUCAAAAAUGUUGUACAGAUUGAGCUGUAUCAAAACUCGUUCACCGGAACUUUACCAGCGGGAUGGUCAAACUUGACGGCGUUGAGACGUUUCGACGCGUCGACGAACAAGCUAACCGGGACGAUUCCGGACGAUUUGUGUGAAUUACCAUUGGAGUCACUCAAUCUACAGGAGAACCAACUCGUGGGUUUGGUCCCAGAGAGCAUAGCUAAGUCCCCGAACUUGCAGGAAUUCAAACUGUUUAAUAAUCAACUCACUGGGUCAUUGCCGAGUCAACUCGGUGUGAACUCUCCGCUACAAAUCCUUGAUGUAUCAGAAAAUAUGUUUUCGGGUGAAAUUCCAGAGAAUUUGUGUGCAAAAUGGGCUUUAGUAGAGCUUGUUAUGAUAGAUAAUUUAUUCUCGGGGAAUAUUCCGGUGGGUCUUGGUAAAUGCCGAAGCUUGAGCCGGGUCCGGUUGAGGAGCAACCGGCUUUUUGGGGAAGUUCCGGCUGAAUUCUGGGGUUUGCCACAUGUGUACCUGCUUGAUCUUUUUAACAAUUCAUUUUCUGGGAAUAUUUCCCAUAUGAUAUCUGGUGCAAGAAAUCUUUCAAUCCUCAUGAUUUCAAAAAAUAAAUUUUCAGGGUCCAUUCCUGAUGAGAUUGGAUUAUUGGGAAGUUUGAUUGAGUUUUCUGCUAAUGAAAAUGAGUUUAGUGGAGAAAUUCCUGGUCCAUUAGUCCAAUUGAGUCAACUAGGAAAGCUUGAUUUAAGUAACAAUGAGCUAUCCGAAGGAAUUCCGGUUGGAAUUCAAUCUCUGAACCAUCUCAAUGAGCUUAAUUUGGCAAACAAUAGGUUGUCCGGGGAAAUCCCGGAUGAUAUUGGGAGAUUGCCAGGGCUAAAUUACCUUGAUCUUUCUGGGAAUUAUUUUUCGGGAAAAAUUCCAUUGGGCCUGCAGAACUUGAAGCUUAGUAAGCUAAAUUUGUCAAGCAAUAGACUUUCGGGUAAAAUUCCUCCUCUUUAUGCUCAGGAAGUUUAUAGAAACAGUUUCGUGGGCAAUCCAGGCUUGUGUGAUGAUCUUGCUGGUCUUUGUCCUCCACAAGUUAGAGAUAGGAAUCAAGGUUAUGUGUGGAUACUUGGAUUGAUUUUUGCAGUCACUGGUACAGUUUUGAUUGUUGGGGUAGUUUGGUUCGUUUGGAAGUACUGGAAUAUCAAGGAAUCGAGGGAAGGAAUCAUUUUGUCAAAGUGGAGAUCAUUUCAUAAGUUGGGAUUUAGUGAAUUUGAAAUUUUCGAUUGCCUCAAUGAAGAAAAUGUUAUCGGAAGUGGAGCAUCUGGGAAAGUUUAUAAAGUUGUGCUGAAUAAUGUUAUCGGAAGUGGAGCAUCUGGGAAAGUUUAUAAAGUUGUGCUGAGUAAUGGUGAGGUAGUUGCCGUGAAGAAGCUCUGGGAAAGGUCAAAUAAAGACGACACAAGUUUUGAAAGCGCUGACUCUGCCAAAGAUGAGUUUAAAGUAGAAGUUGAGACACUGGGAAAAAUUAGGCACAAGAAUAUAGUCAGAUUAUGGUGUUGUUGCAACUCUGGGAAUUGCAAACUUUUGGUAUAUGAGUAUAUGCCAAAUGGGAGCUUAGGUGAUUUGUUGCAUAGCAAGGGUGCAUUGUUGGAUUGGCCUACAAGAUUUAGGAUAGUGCUGGAUGCAGCUGAGGGGCUUUCUUAUUUGCACCAUGAUUGUGUUCCUCCAAUCGUUCACAGGGAUGUCAAAUCGAACAAUAUAUUGUUGGAUGGAGAGUUUGCAGCAAGAAUUGCAGAUUUUGGAGUUGCUAAGUUUGUUGAAGCAGUCAAGAGGGGGGAAGAAUUCAUGUCUGGAAUUGCUGGUUCUUGUGGUUACAUUGCACCAGAAUAUGCUUAUACGCUUCGAGUGAAUGAGAAGAGUGAUAUUUAUAGCUUUGGAGUUGUCAUUCUCGAGCUGGUGACCGGGAGACGCCCCAUAGACCCAGAAUUUGGGGAGAAAGACUUGGCCAAAUGGGUCUGCAUCACCUUAGACCAGAAAGGAGUUGAUCAUGUACUCGAUCCCAAUCUCGAUUCCAGUUUCAAGGAACAAAUUUGCAGGGUUCUUGAUAUUGGUGUACUUUGCGUUGGCCCUCUUCCAAUUAAUCGCCCUUCAAUGCGAAGAGUGGUUAAACUGCUGCAAGAAGCAGGGGCAGAUAACAAGCCCAAGAUUGGAAAGAAGGAUGGCAAGCUCUCUCCUUAUUAUUCUGAUGAAGGAAGUGCAAUUUAA